AUGGCAGACAUCCCCGUUGAGCUACUCUUCUCAGCAACCUUCCCUCUCCCUUACCGCGUUCUCAGUCUCGUCAGCCUGGGCAUCAUUGGUUGGGCGACAAACGUACAUGGGCUUCAUGCUGCGGGCCACGACGCUCGCGCAGCACUCGACCUUGAUCAUUACGACCCACGUCUUGGUCGACGCGCCAUCUCCCCACUACCUCUCAAUGACCGUACGGGGUCGGGCUGGAGAUACCACCAGGGCCCUGCUGCUGUAUACAAACCCAUAUACUGGCUAUUCCUAGCGUACGCAGUAUGGACUCUUACAAAUUGGCUUGUAUUCAAGCAUGCAACCUACGGGGACUUGUAUCGCGUGGAUGUGCUCAAGUUUGUGCCCGCUGUCGCCAUGCUCGUCGCCGUCAUGCUCCUCAUAGCACCCUUCAAUGUUUUUGCAAAAACAGAGCGAGAUCGCUUUCUCCAUGCGCUGCAUAGAUGUCUGUUUCCGCCACAUCGGCGUGUUUACUUCGCGGAUGUCGUAUUUGCGGAUGUAUUCACGUCGUUCGCCAAGGUGCUCGGCGACGUAUGGCUCUCUUUCUGCAUGCUCAUGCCUGGUGGUAGUCUCCUGACACAGCCAGCACAAGUAGGCUUAGCGCGAUGGAUAUUGCCUACGUUGAUGAGCCUGCCAUAUGCCGUUCGCUUCAGGCAGUGUCUCCUAGAGUACAGAGCGACGAAUGAAAGCCGGCGGCAACUAUACAACGCCCUGAAAUACGCGACCUCGUUCCCGGUGAUCUAUCUCUCGGCUGCCAUCAAACCUGCCGGCACGUCCCCGUCCGGAGGAUUGAUAGGAGAGCGGUCACUCUUCCGGCUAUGGCUAUUUGCCGCCGCUGUGAAUUCAUUGUACUCAUUCUGGUGGGACGUCACUCAUGAUUGGGGAUUUGAUCUCCUCGUUCGUCGUUCGGCUGCGAACAAGCCUGUUCCCCCCGACUUACACCGCUUAACGUCGCCUCCCCGCCCGCUCGUUUUGCCGCGCUUACACUCCCGCUCCACUCUCCUUGCGGAUCAAUCUGGGACCAAGGAAAGUACAGAUGCCUCGAAAGACGCACGGUCAGAUAUCGAAAAUAAACCUUCGACACCCACGAAUACUGCGUAUCCAAUAUGGUAUCCAUUCGGCCUACGGCCAAUCUUGCUCUUUCCGCUGCCUAUAUACCCAUUUAUAAUCGUCGCAGACCUCGUACUGCGUCUUACGUGGAGCGCGAAGCUGUCAAGCCAUUUGCAUUCGUAUGCAGACGGCGACAUGUUGAUUUUCUGCUUCGAGCUGGCGGAGGUGGUCCGUCGCUGGAUGUGGGUCUUCAUCCGCGUGGAAUGGGAGCUAGUGAAGGAGAACGGAGAGGUCUAUAAACGCAAUCCGCGAUCAAACAACCAGACAGUCGAUUCAGGAGAGGAUGAGUACGAGAUGGUACCUUCAAAUCAUAGUGGUCGUGCGUCGCCAGGCGGGUAA